AUGAAGAUAGUUGUAUUAGAUGCAAAGACAUUAGGAGAUACACCAUUUGAUAAACUUCAGAAAUAUGGAGAAGUGAAAAUAUAUGAAAGAACAGAAAAAGAAGAAAGGAAAGAAAGAAUUAAAGAAGCAAACAUUAUAUUAACAAACAAAGUGAUAAUUGAUAGAGAAGUAAUGGAAGGGAAUGAAAAUAUUAAACUAAUAGGAGUAUUGGCAACAGGAUAUAAUAACGUUGAUAUAGAAUAUUGUAAAGAACAUAAAAUAGGAGUGGUGAAUGUUGCAGGAUAUUCAACAGAAAGUGUAACACAAAUAUGCAUAGGACUAUUAAUGGAACUAACUAACAAAAUAUCAAAAUUUGAUCAAUAUGUAAAAACUGGGAAGUAUAGUUCAUCAGGAAUAUUUACAUGUGUUGGAGGUGAGUAUGAUAUUCAUGAAAUAUCAAAUAAGAAAUGGUGUAUUGUUGGACUUGGAAGUAUUGGGAAAAAUGUAGCAAAAAUUGGGAAAGGGUUAGGAGCAAAAGUAUAUUAUUAUAGUACAACAGGAAAGCAUGAAGACCAAGAAAUAGAAAGAAUUUCAUUUGAAGAAAUGAUUAAAACAAGUGACAUCAUUAGUAUUCAUUGUCCACUUACUGAUAAAACAAAAGGACUUUUUAAUUAUAAAGUAUUUCAAGAAAUGAAAAAAAGUGUAAUUAUCAUUAAUAUGGCACGUGGACCAAUUGUUGUAAAUGAUGAUAUUGCAAAAGCACUUCAAGAAAAUUUAAUUGGAGGAUAUGGAACUGAUGUUUUUGAUGAAGAACCAAUUAAGGCAUCAAAUAAAUUAUUAGAAGUAAGAAGUGAAAAGAUUGUAUUUAGUCCACACAUUGGAUGGGCAACAAUGAAGCAA